AUGGACCUUUUUACUCUACAGCACCAAUUUCAAGUUGAUCUGGACGAAUCGGUUUGCGAUGAGGAAAAUUCCCCUAUUCUCUCAACGCCAAUUAUAUCUUCUUCAUCCAUACUCGGUUCGCCAUCAUCGGUUCCCCUUCUGCCUGGUAUCAGCCUAUCAUCGAUUCUGCCCUUACCAACUACUCAGAUUCAUCUUCAGAACCAUGAGCAACAUCAGCCCCAGCUGGUUUCCCUGCAGCCUGGACAACCUCCUCUGCUAUCAACUCUGAACUUGCUGCCACUCUAUCAAACAAGACAAGUUUUGCCAACUAACGUAGUCCGAUUCUCCUUUAAACCGCAACUAGGGCAGCAGCUUUUACAAGUUGGCUCUCUAGAACAGUCAUUAGGUGUUUUGGGUCAAAUGCGACCUCUCCAACCAAUAUGUAACCAGUCGCAAACCUAUCACCAAAAUAAUCCAGUGGAUAUUCAACUAAAUCCUUUGUUAAACAAUCCUUUACACCAACCGGAGCAACAGGAGCAACAAAGCCAUCUCAUAUACUUGCCCUGCCCGCCACAUUCGAACACCGGAAAGCCAAGAGUUCAAGAGCAGACGCCACUUAAACAACAUCAAAGUCCACAACAUCAGAAGCUUUCAUGCACCGGACGUGCACAGCGUUUUAAAGUCGAACACCCAUGUCGCUCGACGGAAGGGGUUUUGCAGCCUGCAAACUAUCUGGCUAAUGGUCUUAUUCUCCUUCCACCAAUUUUUACGAUAGCUUCUUCCUCAAAUGUCAGUACCUCUUUGGCCUACACAAACGUGCCCACAAUGAGUAUCUCCAAUCCAAUUUCCUCCUUCCGACCACCAUUUUCCCGCUCUGAUGAAUCUAAUAUAGUGACAAUCACUCCAUGCACAAGCAGGCUACCUAAAGAAGUACUCAAGCCUUCGUCUAUCACUCUCGGUGCUUCGGCCACCCUGGAAAAAGAUUUAAAUAUUUCUGAUUUUAUUAAAUAUCGGUCUCCUAGCUUGCUCCUGCCUUCAAGACAAUCAGUCACUUUUUCAUCUUCUCCUUCCGAGAUUAUCUCAGAAUCAGCUAAUAAGGAAAAUAUUCCCACAACAAAAGCUAUGGUCAGUAUUAACGACAAAAGUAUUUGUUUCUUCAUUUGUUUAUCGCCGUUAUUGUUGCUUUGGCAAUUCAAGGCCUAA